AUGACCUCGUCUCUCCCCCCCGAUCCUUGGAAAGCUCUCGGUAUCGAGAGGAAUGCAGACAAGUCGGAAAUUAGGACUGCGUACAAGAAGCUGGUGCUCAAGUGCCACCCGGACAAGAUCCAGGAUCCAACGCUGAAGGCACUGAAGGCCGAUGACACUCCUCCCACGGCUCCGGAAUCCCCCCCGCGCGUGAGUCGGUCGCACACGGCGCCGCACGCGGUUUACGGAACGAUACCGUCUUUGUCCCGCACUCAAACAUGGGCUCCCAGCAGCAACCCUGCCCCUGCAUACUAUGACGAUAUCGAGUCUGAAGAUGACCGCGACCGCCGCCGCCGGAGCCGCCGCACACGUUCGCCGUCGGGCCAGUCCACUCGGUACAAGGUCGAUGGCGUCAAGACGUCCAAGAUGGACCCGCAGUACUCAUAUGGCGAAUCGCCAUCCUCGACAAGGCGGUAUGCGGCUGACGGGUAUAUCGAGCAUCUCGCGCACUCGCCGUCAUCGGCGACCUACUCCGGUGCCCAGUUCCGAGUCAAACAAACAAAAAGCUACACGCCGGACGAUAUCAUGUUCGCUCACUACGACCAGCCAUCUUACUACGGCCCGCAUGGCGGGGACGCAUAUACCGCCAAAGCCUGA